AUGCGUCAAGCCAUUCUUCAACUCCCAACACUGGUCGGAUUCUUGUAUUUAACGUUUUAUUUCUGUCAACAAUUGAUUGUGCACCGCAAAGCAUUGAAUACCGACUGGUUACGUUAUCGAUUGAACAAACCGUCUGUCUAUGUGACAGGGGUAGCACGUUAUGUCCAAUCUCGUCUGUGUCGGGCUCAUGGUUUGAAUGAGAUUGCACAAGAACAUCAAACAAAAUCCAUGCGCCGUUGUGUUGGAUUACGAAAUGCCGUGCGGCGUUUGUAUAAUCCUCCAGUCGGUUUCACCUAUCCACCCAUACUGAUUUGGAGUCUGACUGUGAGCUUGCUGCUUCAGUACUUCUUGAUGAAUCAAACGCUCACAUGGUUUUAUAAUCUGGCCUCACACGGUCGAAGUUCGAUCACGCACAAAUUUCCGGAGAUAAACAAAACUCUCAAGGAGAAUCUGGCCAUUUCCAACGCUCGUUAUGUGUACACUCUGUUUCAGAUGUCUGCCAAUUCUAGUCACCAGGAUAUGCUGAAGAUGCAAUAUGCAUUUAUCUACUACUGGAUUGACAUUAUUUUGGUCUGCGUGAUAUCAACCUCAUUCCUGGCCAUAUUUUCCAAUUCGGUGAAUGUAUUUCAAAUUAUGCUGAAUUACCAAAGAUUGUGUUUUGGUAUCUACCGUCGCGGUUAUGAGUCUGUGCCCGCCAUGAAACUCUUAUUGGAUCCUUUCAAAGUCACUCAUGGAACCAUUCUCUAUCCCAGUUAUCAAAUCGCCCUGAUGGCUUGCGGUUUCUAUUUACAAGUAUUGAUCUACGGGACCAUAUUCAUCUUUCUGGCUAUCGUGGUCAAUAUGAAUGCGUUCACGAAAUAUGCAUUUGUAGUGUACUUCUUUCAAACGUCCUGGCCAAGCAUUGUGCUAAUUAGUGUGUUCGGCACAGUGCAACAAUUGGCCAUUCGAUUUUUGUUCACCAAGCACGGUGGCAAAAGUUACGGGUUCAACAAUGUGAGAAGCUUACAAGUUUACGCUUUCUUUGCCAGCUUUUACAAUGUGAUAUUUGGCUUAAUCAGUGGGGUCGGACGUAUUCUGUACUGUCCAAUAAGCAGUGCUAUUUGUAUCUCUCGUUUGGAUAUUUCUCCACUUGGUCUUCCACUUCAAAACAUGGACACUAGUUACAUGGCAUUUCUGGGUUUCCUCUACUCCGACACUAUGAUAAACAAUCCGACUGUGAAAGCAUUCUUGUGGAUUUUAUUGCAAAACCAGUAUGAGGAUUUAGCACAGAGCUCAAACUUUGACUCAGCUCUGCUAAUUGAGGUUGAAUGCUUUGACGAAUGGCUGCAUCGCACAAACGCUGCACGAAUGCGGUUUUCCCGCGUGGAUGGGGCAAAUCCAAGUGAGCAAAACUUUUGGGCACUGAGGUCGAUUCGUGCGAGUGCGGUCGCUUCCAGUGCAGGUGGACCUUUGACGUCGGAUCACAGCUCUGUAUCUAGCCGAUCUAUACGAGCUCGAAAUCGCUGGCUUCUGGCCUAUUCAUUGCUUUGUAAUCCAGACCUGAAAAAGUGGCGCAAACCUCGUAAGGGAAACGAGGAAAUUGACGAAUCAAGAAUGACAGUCUGA